AUGAAUAAAUAUUUUUCAGACACUGACCAGACCAGCUUGGGUGAACCAAAUGGAAAGUACUGUGAGUCUUGCUUCAGAGGCAACUCGUCUGAGGAAUGUUCCUCCAGAGAUCGAGUGGCAUGCCAUGGAAAUCAGUUUCAAUGUGUGUCAUAUGUAGGAAAAGCAGAAAGAGGAGGUACUGUAAAUGUCUUAUCAUGAGAAAUAUGAACAUUGUGCAUUUAUUAAAGCGAACGGUGUAAAUACAUUAUUGUUCAUUCUAUAUUCCACACACACCAGACACACAGUCACCCCCACACAACACACGCUGCAUUCUCUGUUCAACCUACAUACAACACACAGAACCUUCACAUGCACACAUCAAACACAACUCACAUACAGCCAUUAGCCCCUCCUGCCCUCCUGCCCUAUCCUCUAUAUCGGGUGGUGGGAGGUGUAUCACUUUGUUUUAAGUCCCUACUCCAAAUUUAAAAGGAAAUCCUAGUUUUUCUUAUGUAUAAGUAAUAAACUAGAAUUUAUUUUUUUUAAAGCAAAAAUUAUAUAUAAAGAAAAAAAGAUUCAUUAAGAAACAGCCUCACCAGUCUGUGUCUCCUCUCUGCGUGGACCUCACUCCAUAAGGCCUAAUAAUCUCUUGCUUUCCCUUUGGUUCUGAGGCCAGGCCUACCUCUCUGUUCUGAUAUUGCAGCUAUCCUCCUACCCUGACUAGGCAUUGACUGCCCCACUCCCCUGGCAUUCUGAAACCUAACCAUAUGUCAGCUAAUCCUACUCCAUUUGAUACAACAUUGUCCCUUUCUAUGCCCAUCAUACUAAUCCUCUCCUGACACCACUCCAUACUAGACACCCCCCCACUAGACACCCCCUUGAUCCUUGCAAGUCUAACCCUCCCUACACAGAUAUAAAAUAUGUCAAAAUACAAUACUACAGCUAACCAUUUGUGAAUGUUUAACACUGAUACUUAGAAUAGUAUUUUUGCACCAGAAUUUCAAUGAUAUAUUAAUUUUCUACGUCUCUAAGGGGUACCUUUAGGACAUAUUUUUGAUGAUAUUAGAUUCAUAUUAUACUCUCUCUUUUGCAGAUCUCAGUAUUGGACAUUACAGUUUCAAAGGAUGUAUUUCCGAUGUAGGAUGCAUUGUGAAGUUUUCAGCCUUGCCAGGAACUCAACAGCUCGUGGAAAAGAUCUUUAGUUGUAGUGCUGCUGACCCAGAACCUUUUGACUGUUUUGGAUGUGAAUAA